AUGGCCGAUCCAACUUCUUACCCCUCCCUUCCUUCACCCUUUCAGCCUGCCUCCUCCCCGCCCCUUACACUCUCACGACCAGCAUCACGUCAAUCUACACGGAUCAUUACUCCAGCUAAAACACACGCAAACUUUGUCCGCCCCGACCCCGAUAACCGGUACACAAUCUUCCAGCAAGAAAAGCAAGAAGAAAACCAGCUCGAAGUCAAAUUCAACUAA